AGCAAGAGGAUGUGGGGACCCGGAAGUGAGAGGCGGGGGCCCGGCUAGACCUGGGGGCGUGGAAUGGUUUCUGUAUCUCCCCGAGGGUUCCCACUUGGCCUUCAGUAAGGGUCAAGACGCAGGGACUUGUACCAAAGGGGAGCAAAGCCGGGCUCUACCUGAGGCCCCUAGGACUUCCGUCUCCCAAUGUCGGAGGUUCCCUCCCAGGAAUCCGCCACGUGACGGGUGGGGCAGCCCUCCCAGAGCAGAAGAACCCUUUAAGGGCUGUGGCUGCGAAGAUGCCGCCUGACCUGCCUUCCCUGCCGCUGCGGCUUGUGAUACUGCUAUUGCUGCUACUAUCCCAGACAGAGGCUCGCUCCUUUGUAGUGGAUCGGCAACAUGACAGAUUCCUCCUGGACGGGGUCCCGUUCCGCUAUGUUUCUGGCAGCCUGCAUUACUUUCGCGUACCGCGGGUACUUUGGGCCGACCGGCUUCUCAAGAUGCGUUUGAGCGGCCUCAAUGCUGUACAGUUUUACGUGCCCUGGAACUACCAUGAGCCAGAGCCUGGGGUCUAUAACUUUAACGGCAGCCGGGACCUCGUUGCCUUUUUGAAUGAGGCAGCUAAAGCGAACCUGUUGGUCAUUCUGAGACCAGGACCUUACAUCUGUGCUGAGUGGGAGAUGGGAGGUCUCCCAUCUUGGUUGCUUCGAAAACCUGAUAUUCAUCUGAGAACCUCAGACCCAGCUUUCCUUGCUGCUGUGGACUCCUGGUUCAACAUCUUGCUACCCAAGAUAUAUCCAUUUCUCUACCACAAUGGGGGCAACAUCAUUAGCAUUCAGGUGGAGAAUGAAUAUGGUAGCUACAGGGCCUGCGACUUCAAGUAUAUGAGACACUUGGCUGGCCUCUUCCGGGCAUUACUAGGAGACAAGAUCUUGCUCUUCACCACAGAUGGGCCUCAAGGACUCAAAUGUGGUUCCCUCCCGGGACUCUAUACCACUAUAGAUUUUGGCCCAGCUGACAACAUUACCAAAAUAUUUUCCUUGCUUCGGAAUUAUGAACCCCAUGGGCCAUUGGUGAACUCUGAGUACUAUACAGGCUGGCUGGAUUACUGGGGCCAGAACCACUCCACCCGCUCCAGCCUGGACAUAGCCCAAGGACUGGAAAAGAUCCUCCAGUUGGGAGCCAGUGUGAACAUGUACAUGUUCCAUGGAGGUACUAACUUUGGAUACUGGAAUGGUGCCGAUGAGAAGGGACGCUUCCUUCCAAUUACUACCAGCUACGACUAUGAUGCACCCAUAUCUGAAGCAGGGGAUCUCACACCUAAGUUUUUUGCACUUCGAAAUGUCAUCAGCAAGUUCCAGGAAAUUCCUUUGGGACCUUUACCUCCCCCCAGCCCCAAGAUGAAACUUGGACCUCUGACUAUGAACCCGGAUGGGAAUUUGCUGUCUUUCCUAGACUUUCUCUGUCCCCAUGGCCCCAUCCGUUCAGUUUUGCCGUUGACAUUUGAGGCUGUCAAGCAGGACCAUGGCUUUAUGCUCUACCGGACCUAUCUGACUUUCACUGUUUUUGAACCAACACCAUUCUGGGUGCCAAAUAAUGGAGUUCAUGACCGUGCCUAUGUGAUGGUGGAUGGGGUAUUCAAGGGUAUUCUGGAACGGAACUUGAAACAGGAACUAUAUUUGACUGGGAAAGUGGGCACCAAGCUGGAUAUAUUGCUAGAGAAUAUGGGGAGGCUCAGUUUUGGGUCUAACCACAGUGACUUCAAGGGCCUGUUAGAAGCACCACUUCUUGGGCAGACACUCCUCACUGAGUGGAUUAUGUUCCCUCUCAAGAUUGAUAAGCUUAUAAGGUGGUGGUUCCCCCUGCAGCUGGUGAAAAGAGCACAGCCUCAAGUUUUUUCUGUUCCUGCCUUCUAUUCCACAACAUUUUCGGUGUUAGGCAAACUUGGAGACACGUUUCUGCAUCUAUCUGGAUGGACCAAGGGUCAAGUAUGGAUCAAUGGGUUUAACUUGGGCCGGUACUGGACAAAGCGGGGUCCACAGCAGACCCUCUAUGUGCCAAGACAUCUGCUGCUUAAUAGAUCGAUCAACAAAGUCACAUUGCUGGAGCUAGAAAACAUGCCGCGUGAGCCCAAAAUCCAAUUUUUGGAUAAGCCUAUCCUCAAUAGCACUUUGCACUGGGGCUAUACCUAUUUUCUCUCAGAAACACAAAGUUCAUAUGAACCAAUGGAGUUAAGUGGGCACUGAAAGAAAGAUGACCUUUGAAUCUGAGACACAGGGCAAGAUCCUUUGGUACUGGUCACAGUGGCCAUAAAGAAUCAAAGGCUACAAUCUCACCGAAUGUACGUACAGAUACAGUUUUCUUGCCAAACUUUAUUGUGAUUAAAAUUCCAAAGACAGUACUGGCUCCACACACCUCUGUGGCCCUGGCUUUGCCCUUGUUCCUGAGUGUCCUUCACCCCCAUCUUCCACAUAACCUUGAGCUUCAUGAGGAGGAAAAAAACUCUAGGUCUGAAUGUGUCCUCUCAGGGCCUAGAGUUGCCCCAGGUGGCUAUAAGAAAUCAGGAAGAAGACCUCCCUGCCUGACUGCGAUGGUCUCGAAGGCAACGUGUGGAGCAGAAAGAGAAGUCGAGGUAGUGAAAGGGAAUGAGGCCUUGGAGGGACACUCCACAACUCCAACAGCGUCUGAACAAAAGAAAAAAAAAAAUGACUGGACAGGUACCACACAAACUUUCCCCAGCCCGUAAAGGGCCCAGGGAAUCUCAAAUUCCCUCCGUGACCCUAUUCAACACCAUGAAGACACUUGUCCUCCUUACCCCAAGUGACUCCUACUACACGAAGCCCACCCUCUCACUCAUCCCCUGACCCCCAUACCCAGCUUUGCCAACUGCAGAGUCAGGAACUGAAGGGCUCGGGGCUCCCAACUGGGCAGCAAGUCGGCGCUCUGCAGCCAGAGCUCUCUGAAAAACAGAGCAUAUGUUAAAGAAGAGUCCCAGAGGUGAACAGCACGCCCAGGAAAUGACAGCUCAAUUCGGGGAGUCAAGGUAGGCUCUUAUGGAAGCCUCGCAGUGCAAGACUCAAUGGCCUCACCUUCUCUCGGUCACUGAGAGCAGCAAAUCGCCGUUGCUCUUCUUGCUCCUGUUCCUCCUGCUCCCUCUGCUUCUGCCGCUGUUGCUCCCGCUGCCGUCGAGCUGCCUUCUGCUCCUUUUUCUUUGUAGCCUGCCGGGCCUCCAUUUCAUGAGUUAGUGGCCCUGGCACCUAGAGGAUUUCCCAAAAAUAUUGCAAAACUACAAGUAGAAAGGACCUAGUGAGGAUCUCUGAAGCCCUCCCACUCUGUAGCUCCUUUUCCAGCUCACCCGAGCCUUGUUGUAAUCAAAAGCAUCAGGAUUCUUCUCCAUGAACCUUCGGAAUUCAUUACGUGUUGAUUUGUCAGCUGCUACGGUAUAAGGUGGCCGACCCCUAGCAUCCCUAAGGACAAAAACCCAAAACCGAGUUCAACUUGCCUCCUGCUUUUCCUAGCAUCACCCAAGGAAACAGUAUCGGGUGCCAACGGGAGCUGCUACAUUACGCUCUCUAAUCCUAACUGGCUCAGGAUGGAGAUACUUACUGCACAGUGGGGUCAGCGCCUGCCUCCAGCAGCAGGCGAACUACUGAGCUUCUUCCAGCUGCGGCUGCUGCGUGCAGGAGAGUAAAGCCACCAGAGCCCAAUGGGGCACUGAGUAGGGACAGAACUCCAGAGUCUACAGGCCCAGGAGGUAGCUGCUGCUUUAGCACCUCAACUUCCCCAGCUCGGCAAGCAGAUAGAAGCAUAUCCCAGAGCUCUGGCUGACCAGGGGCUUUGGCCUCAUCAACCAAACUGUCCAGUGGGGCUGCAACCACUUGGUCUGGCUGUGGCAAUGGUGCAUCUUCUUGAGGUUGCUGAAGAGAAGUCACAUGUGUCCCACA